AUGGUGCUGCUCUCCUCCGGCCGCCGCGGCCUGAUGAUCGUGCCGUCCCUCGUGGCGGUGGUGGUGGCCGCGCUGGCUGUCACCGCCCCGCGCGGCGCCGACGCGUACAAGAACUACACCGUUGGCGACGACAAGGGCUGGUACAACGGCCUCACCCUGCCGGGGGUCGACUACAAGGCGUGGGCUGACGGCAAAAACUUCAGCCUCGGGGAUUUCCUCAGUGAGUAG